AUGAAUUCCAGAGUUCGCAUCGCCAGUUUCCGAGACUCCCAGGAGGAUCAACCCUUGGUAUCUGGGGUACCCAUAGAGGUGGCCAACUACCCAGAACACAGCCUGAGUCCUCUGUCCCAGAGCCAGAGCAUUCUCCAAAUCCCCAUCACCAUCUUCGGUGUCCAGUAUCAAGGAAGAACCCGUACGGCUCACGGCUAA